GGUGUCCCAAUGUCCCAUUCCACUCCCCCGACCAACAGACUCCACUAGCUCAAAAGAAAAAAAAAGCCAAGCCUAAUCCAAUCCCUAAUCACAAACUCCAUCGCCGGUGAGGAUCGUGAGAGGUAGGCGAGCCAUAGAUCUGAGCGAGUUCUUGGUUCUUCAAGCAGGUAGCUCUCUUCAUCUCAGGAUCUCCCUCUCUCUCUCCCCUUUUUUUUUAGGUUUCUUUGGUGUAUAGGACAGAGUUCCAGAGCCUUUUAGUUUCUGGUGUGCUCUGAUCUAUUGUUGUUCUUGGUGUUAGCUAGAUUAUUUGGUCUGAUUAGGUAGCCAAGAGGGUUAUUUUACCACACCUGCUUGUGCUAGCUAGUAAGUAGCUGUACCUUGUAGAGUGAUUAGUAGAUCUAGGGGCAAAAGAAUCUCUUGUUGGUCUGCCGGUUCUUGGAUUUUGGAAAGAACGGGCGAUUUGUUUCAGGGUUUUAGUUUAGAGAAAAAUCAGGAAAAAAAAGUAGAUAUUCGAUGGCGGCUGCUAUAGAUCGUUCAGGGGAUCUGAUGCGGGCGCUGGGAGAUGGUCAGUCGCCCCAGAUGCCGCAGUUUUAUCCCGGCUUGCCGCCGGCGCCGGCGACGACGGCUUUCUCGGCCGGAGGCCACGGGUUCCGCUACAUGGGCCCGGCCCAGCUGAGUCCGGCCGAGAUCCAGUGCGUCCAGGCCCAGCUCCACCUGCAGAGGCAGGCGCAGGCGGGGCUCGGCCCGCGGGCUCAGCCCAUGAAGCCCGCGACGGCGGCCGCCGCUCCGGCGACGGCGCCGCGGCCGCAGAAGCUGUACCGCGGCGUGCGGCAGCGCCACUGGGGCAAGUGGGUGGCGGAGAUCCGGUUGCCGCGCAACCGCACCAGGCUCUGGCUCGGGACCUUCGACACCGCCGAGGAGGCGGCGCUCACCUACGACCAGGCGGCGUACCGGCUCCGCGGCGACGCGGCGCGGCUCAACUUCCCGGACAACGCCGCGUCGCGCGGCCCGCUCGACGCCGCCGUGGACGCCAAGCUCCAGGCCAUCUGCGACACCAUCGCGGCGUCCAAGAACGCCGCCGCCUCCAGGGCCAGGGGCCGCGGCAGGGCCAUGCCCAUCAACGCGCUGCCCGCGGCGGCGUCGUCCGGCAGCCACGGCUCCUCCGACCACUCCGUCGACGACGGCUCGGAGACGACGUCGUCCGCGUCGCCGCCGCUCGUGGAGAUGGAGCAGCUGGACUUCAGCGAGGUGCCGUGGGACGAGGCGGAGGGCUUCGCGCUCACCAAGUACCCGUCGUACGAGAUCGACUGGGACUCGCUGCUCAGCAACAAUAACUAGCUUUCUUGUACCUAGCCUGCCAUGGCCGGCGGCCGGCAGCGGAUGAGGUUUUAGGCAUUCCGCGCGGCGGCCAGGCGAUCAAUUUGUCUUCCGUUCUUGUGUAGAUCCUCUCAUAGGUCCCGGAGGCUGCUCGCCGGCGUCGUUUUUGUGUCCGGCGCCUCCGAUGUGUAGAGUAAGCAGUGUGACUUGUUUAGCUUAGUAGUCAAUCUACAGGUCAUGUAGGUUGUUGUAAUCAAUUGUUGGCAAUGGUGUACUAUUGUGAAUUAAUUAACCUAUUAUUGUGCAAGAAUCUUCAAUCUUUCAGU